AUGCUAUUAAAAACACGACAUAGGUCUUCUUUAUAAACUACCCAUGAUUCAUUUCUCUCAGAAUUAGAAGUUGAUAGAAUUAUUAGCUCUUGCAACUUAACUUUAGCCAAAGUGACUUCAGAACAUGAUGAAAUCAAAGUUUAAAUUUAGGAUUAUAAAGCAUCGAUUGACUACUUAUAAAAAUCAAAUAUUCAGUAAGAGAAACAAUUAAAAGUACUAAAAUCCAAUCUAGACGACAAAGAAUAUGUACAAAAUAUAAAAAAUGAUGUUCUCAAAAAAUUAAAUGGGAUUGAGGAUAAUAUGGAUAAUCUUGAGAAGUAUUUGGAAGAAAUCUAAAAAAUAACACAAGAAAUUGAAUAAUCUCCAAUAAUGUGGAAAUGUAUUAGAUGUGGAUUUGCUUAAAAAGAAGGUUAAAAUGAAGCUAGUUGCACAUAUCAUCCUGGAAAAUUAAAAUACUUCUCUUGUAGAUUAUGUGGUUAAGAUGAAUAUUUUACUUGUUGUAAUAGAUGUAGAGAUUGUCUUUACGGUUGCACCAAAGGUUUACAUAAACCAUGA